CAAGCCAUCUUAGGAUGGUUUAAGCUUCUUCAUUUUUUUUUUUUUUUUUUUUACAGGACACACACGAAACUCCCAUGUCACUUCUGAUUGAGGUCUGGAUGAGUCACCAAACCUCCCUUGAAUAGUUUUCUCUAUUUUACACAUUAAAAGUGAGUCAAAGCGCCCUACCUCUUAAACACAGAGGACAAGUCCAUCCGCCCCCAUUCAAUUCACAGAAGCGCUGCAGGGCGAAAUUGCGCACAGGCGUCGCGCGCUGAGCACGCCAUGCUCUCCAUCGGGACCGGAGGAAAGACACGCCAAAAUCACUGAUCCCGAUCCCGUCCUGUGAUUAUCUCCAGUCAGAUGUACAGGCGGAAACAUGCCUGCAUUCCGCUGUCAGGGAAAGCGAAGAAAGUAAGGAGACGUACGGCUGAUUUGUUUUUAAUAUUCCCAUGUUCCACAUGAGGGAGGUUAAGAUCGGAGAAAGCAUUUGUGUAUUAGUGUUGCUUUUUUCUGGGCUUGUGACGUGCUCAGGUGUUUUUGGAAGCCCUUUAACUGAUGAUGUGGCCACGUUGGAAACACUGAGUGAGAACAUUCCCAGUGACUACAGAAUUCCUGUUGAGUUCAUCACCAAGGAUGUGGGCGGCGCUUGCUGGCUAUAUGUGAACCUGUAUAAAGUUGAAAGCAGUUUAAAAACAUUGGCGCUCAAGUUUGGCAACCUGUCCACCAAUAAAGCGAACAUCACUAUAUUUACAAUAAUGCUGGAGAAUUUUCGUUUCAAUCUGGAUGGAGAGGAGCUGGAGGUGACAAUGCAAACAUUCGAAUGCCACUACAAGAGGGUAAAGUGGCCAACUAGACGUUACUUUAACCAUGUUAAAGAGGUUCUUGCAGCGGCUGGGUCCGCAGGCAGCGAGUUUCAUCACUGCACACCUCCCCCUUGCCAGACUCCUGCAGCCCCUCCUUUCACACCAGGCCAAAGCAGACAGCCGCAUGGCAUGAACGGAGCGAUUCAUUUGCUCCUCGCGGUGCUCAUCAUCCCCUGCAUGGCGCUUCUGGUUCUCACUGUAACAAUGGUAUUCAGAAGAGGAGGCUGUUGUGCACAAAGAAGGCAUGAAGUUGCUCUGAGUUUUCCUGAGCCCCACGACAGAGCUGAAGAAAGCAGCACCGAGCCCCACGACAGAGCUGCAGAAAGCAGCACCGAGCCCCACAGCGGAGCUGCGCGAGGGGAUUCUGGUUCCAGCGCCAGCAGUCAACAGGACAGGGCGUGGCUGGAGUCUUUAGGGUGUGCAGACACAGAGGUUUAAUCAAAAAUGCAUGAGGAAAACCAACGGAAAUGGCAGUAUUUUGUGGUCGAAAUCUCCGGAUUUAUGAAGCGGACAAUGAAGGGAAUAUUUCGGCGGUGACAGGAGAGAUGCAUCAGAUGUAUCAAUGCUCACCACAAAAAACAUUAUGCUGAUGCAAAUCGCAACUUGUGUCUGGCUUAACCAAUCAACGAGAGUCCGGGACGCCAUCCUAAAAGCGGCCAUGGGAAAACCUUUAUGAUUUCAUCCGGCAGGAAGUAUGGCUCUUUGAUGAGCGCGUUGGCUGGUCGGCCGCAAUGCCCGCGGCAGCUCGUUGGCUUUGAGGAACGCCACUGGUCCUGCAGGCCUCUGCGUGGAGGAUAAAUGGCUUUUUUGUGCCAGUGCCCCAUUGCAUGAGGAUGGUGGUUUAUGUUGCACCAGAAAACAUCUCUGGAACAGAGCAUGGGCUUGUCUAGAAAGACGUUUGAUUUAGAGCGUGGAUAACAGUGCUAAGAAUUUUGGUGUUUUACUACUCAUUUAUUGGCUGAUACUGAUGGAGGGUCUGUGAACAUUGGAUCCUCACAAGAUCCGGUUCUUCUGUAGAGGGAGGUAUCAGACGUCGGACUCUCGUUUCAUCCACUUUAACUCUGUUUCUCUCACACAAACACACUCCAGUUGGAAGAAUCGAACGUCUCUGACGCUCUUGAGAGGGUCUGUAAGUCAGGUCAUUGGUCCGAUUGCGUUGUAUUAACUAGCUUGGCCGUGUACACACGCUCACACACUCCGGGAACGCAACAAGAGCUGAUUGUUUUCGUGACAAUAUGGGGAAACCCAGAGAGCAUGAGAAAAGAGCUCACAUGAUAAAGAUGUAACAUCAACAUGACUCAUGUCCCAUAAUUCAAUCUCACUUGCUAUAGAAUCUGUCGCUCAUUCUCUUCCGGUGUCUGUUUUUCUGCUCACUCGUAGCUAAAUAGGAUUUAUGUCAUGAAAUUAAGGCCAACUGAGUAGAUUAGAAUAGAUUUUUUUGGUUUUAGAAUAGGAUUCUAUUUUGUUUUUAAAGGGAUAGUUUACCUAAAAUUGAAAAUCAUUUACUGAUAACGUAUGACGACAGAACACAAAAGGAGAGGUUUUGACGAAUGUUCAUGCUGCUUCUUUCCAUACAAGACAAAUGUUUGAACACUUAAGAUGCACCUAAUGUAUGAAUUUCAGUGCAUUAUAUAACAAAAUAUCAAACCAAGUUAACUUUAUUUUUAAGAAAUAAAGCACAAACAUACUUUAAGCAAAACAUUUCACAAAAGGAAGUUUGUUUGUUUCUGUCUGAUGGACAUGUUCAUUGUUACUGUUAUGGUGCUGAGACACUUUUGUGAACUGACUUCAAACAUCACUAGUUAGAUAAAAGACAUUAGUGCAAAAAAUAGGUUUGCUUUUUUGCACUUGGUUUGAUAUUUUGUAUCUAAUUCAAUUAAAUUCAUACAGUAUAUGCGACUUAAGGGUCCAAAUACUUUUUCUAAAGGGAUUUUAAAGUGCAAAUGUGAUUUGAGAGAAAUCUGUAAAUAUUGACUUAAAGGGUUAGUUCACCCAAAAAAUGAAAUUUCUGUCAUUAAUUACUCACCGUCAUGUCUUUCCAAGACCUUCGUUCAUCUUCGGAACACAAAUUAAGAUAUUUUUGAUGAAAUCUGAGAGCUUUCUGGUCUCCAAUAGACUGCAACAUUAUUACCACUUUUAAGGCCCAGAAAGGUAGCAAAGACAUCUUUAAAAUAGUUCAUGUGACUACAGUGGUUCAACCUUAAUGUUAUGAAGCGACGAGAAUGCUUUUUGUGCACAAAAAAAUAAUAAUAACGACUUUAUUUAAUACAUAAUACUGAGUCGACGUUCUUACGUAGAACCCGGAAGCGCUGCACUGUGUUUACUACUACACUGUGUUUACGUCAACAGCGUAUGAGUGAGACUGACAUGAAAGAGAAGAAAUUGUUGAAUAAAGUAGUUAUUUUGGUUUGUUUUUGCUCACAAAAAGUAUUCUCGUCUCUACAUAACAUUAUGGUUGAACCACUGUAGUCACAAUGACUGUUUUAAGUCUUUACUACCUUUCUGAGCCUUGAAAUUGAUUAUGACAUUGCUGUGUAUAGGGAGGUCAGAAGCUCUCAGAUUUCAUCAAAAAUAUCUUAAUUUGUGUUCUAAAGAUGAACGAAGGUCUUACAGGUGUGGAACGACAUGAGGGUGAGUAAUUAAUGACAGAAAUUUCAUUUUUAGGUGAACUAACCCUUAAAUGGGCUAUAUGUAGAAUUCAAAAACCCUUGUUAUUAGCGACACCGUUAAGUGAACUGCAGACAGCAACUUACUGCUUGUGCACCAGCUCUGCAGUUCACCGGCAUCAUGUCGACAGAUGAGGUAGUUUGAUAAUACAGUGUAUUUAAGACUAUAGACUGUAUAGAUCUAGCUAUAUGAGACUAUAGUUUAAAAUAAAUCCUUUUUUUUUUGGCAUGACACAUUGACAUUACAGUACAGAAUGACUCUUGUGUCGUCGAAUGGAAGAGAGGCUUUCGGGAGCGUGCGUAAACAUCACAUCCUUUUGAUUUUCCCACCAAAAAUAUUCAGAGUCCUUCACAUAAAAAUCAGUCUACAGGCUUUUAUAGACAACCUAGGAAGUCGGGGAAGGUCUCGUUUUUACGUUUUGUUACAAGCUGGCAAUAAAAAGCUAUUAAUACAUAAAAAUGCUUACAUAUGGCCCCUUAAAUUUCAGUUUAUUCUGCACAAAGCUCCCAUUUGGCUCCAAAAACUGUCAUGUGGACUAAAUUUAGAGAUUUUUUUUUAUGCUUUUUUGCUAUUUUUGGAGCUUGAAAGGCCAUUGUUACAAUAUAAGAGCAGCAUGAACAUUCUUCAAAACGUCUCAUUUUGUGCUCCACAAAACAAAGAAAGCCUGUAACAAUGUGAGGGUGUGUAAGAUUUUUAGAUAAACUAUUCCUUUUGAAAUAUAACCUAUAACAACCCCUUUUAUAUUUUUGAAGAGUUUUUGUGUCACUGGCAAUCGAGUAUCUCAAACAGUCCUGAAAAUCCCCCCAUUGACUCAUUGUGCAUCACUGUCAUUCUUCCAGAGCGAAAUCAGGUACUGUCAGUGGAAAUCUCAAGCUCCUCUCCAUGUAACUUUCUCUUUGUCUUCAUCAAUGCGUGCGCUGUCAACUGUUGUCGUAAAGCAUGACUGCCAACUCAUAACCGCACGAGGUCGGUAAUGUCAGCCUGGAUAUCAUCAACCGCAGAGCGGCUGUAACAAAGGACCCUCUCAUGCAGACAGAAACGCCGCUCUUUAUGGUCUAUAGUGAGUGUCGUCCAUCAAACUUCAGUCAAAGCCCACUCUUGACUCGCCGACUCAGCUUCCGACACGCACACAGAUACAUUCACACACUGAACGGCCCCCAGUGUCAUUAACAUCAAGUCUUGACUCAUAAAGCAGGUCUGAGUGUGCAAUGAUUUACAAAACAAGCCCUCGAUAUCACAGAGGAUUCUCCGUGGCACGAAAAGCAAAGGAUGACUAAUGGUUUAAAUACAGUUUGUGUGUUUUUUGUUCUCUAUUGAUUAGUAAUAAUCAAAACAAUGUAAAUAUAGAUGUUGUGUAUAUAAAACAUGUUUAUUUUUAAUUGUAUGGUUUAUGUAGACAACAGGUAGAUUUUUAUUCUUUAUUUAAAAAGAGUAACAAUUUUUUAUUUUUUUAUAUAUUCAUGAAUAUUAUUUGCCAUAUAACAGUGUUUUAAAAUUGAAUGAUAAUAUUCUUGCAAGUUAUUGUGUGGAUUGUCUCACAUUGUGUCAGUUAUGAUUUCAGGUCAGUAUUUUUUAUAUAAUUACACUUAUACAGUUAUGCAAUACCUGUAAACUUGUCAUGGGGCAUUAAAAUAAAAUGGAAACUUAAGAUAAA